CCAUUAGAAACCUUGAGGUCAAAAGCAGAUAAAAUGGACACUGAAACCAGUGAUAUAGAGGAUGCUUCAUUUGACCCUCGCCAUACCACAGACAGAGACUUCGACAUAAAAACUACAUUGCUUCAGCUGAGAAAUUUAAAGGAUAUUUUCCCAAGUACAGGUAUGAGCCAUUUGUGGAACAUCCCAGAUGAUGCCCCUGUAGCUGAGAGGGAGAUUGAGGUGGAGACAUAUGAGGAUCCAUUGGAAAUGGCAUCCAAAGCAUUGAUUUUGUCAAAUGAGAACUUGCCAAUCCCAAUUUCAAUUGACGAAGAUUUGAGCGCCUAUGUUGAAGAAAGAACUAAAGGUCAAAGAAAAUGUUCUCUUUGGACCGAACUACACAAAGGAAGAAUUACGAGUUCUCUUUUCGGAGCUGUUUUACAUGCUGGACCUAACCCACGUAGUCUUGUGGACCAAAUUAUACAUGGAUCCAGUUUACAAAGGUAUCAGACGCUUCCUCGUCCAGUCCAGUGGGGUGUGGACCAUGAGGAAGAAGCGGUCAGAGACUACCUGACACUGCAGAAUGCUGUCUCUGAUGUAACAGUGGAGGCUGCAGGGCUCACUAUUUAUCCAUCCCAUGCCUUUUUAGGUGCCAGCAGUGAUGGGUGGAUUUGUGACAAGUCUAUGCCAUUGGGGAGUCAAAGAGGGGUACUGGAGAUUAAGUGCCCGUACUCAAUCUCUAAUGAAAUAAUUGUAGAAAAAGAGGUCCAUGAGCUAGCCGGAAAAGAGGGGUUCUGUCUGGAGAAUACACCCGUAGGACCGCGUUUGAACCGUAGCCACAAGUACUAUGCUCAGAUCCAAGGAGAGAUGGCAAUAAUGGGGUGUCCUUGGGGUGAUUUUGUUGUUUGGACAGCUGCCAAGGACAGCAACUGUUUUAUAGAGAGAAUUGAUUUCGACUCAGAGUUCUGUACUCGUAUGAUGCCAAAACUAGUUGAAUUUUUUGUUCACCACAUCUUGCCUUUUUAUAAAUGUACUGAGAAUUAAUUCACUUCCUGAGCCAAUGGCUAAUGUGAGCAUUACCUAAUGAUCAAAAAGUGUUCAGCUUCUGUCAU